CAGCACUGCACACGCUGGAGACACCCCCAGCAACAGCUGCAUACUGACUCAUUCUCCUUUAACUGUUCGUUGAACACAUUGUUAGCACUGUCACACGAAGGCUGCUUUCAGACUCGAGAAUACAUCAAUACUCUGACUUCAUCAUCCCAGGAGGGGCUUUAUUGGAUUAACUGGUCAUUGGGUGUUGUGUGUUCUAGCUGGUGACACGGGUGCGAUCUUCAGGAGAAAAAUAUCCACUAGAGAAGGUAUCACUUGCCUCAAGAAGGAGGAGAGACAAUGUCUUCUCCUAUUUAAUACAUUGAAAAACAGUUCACUGGCCUGGAAGGUAUGGGCAGCCGACCAAGCAAGUCCAGGCAUCAAACUAUGGCAAUGAAUCCAUCAAACCCAGUCAACCAGCUCUCGACAGAUAUUAGCAAAAUUAUGAUGGUGGUGGCACUGUAUAAUUAUCCAUCGACAUCCAAUUCUGAACCUGUUAUUAGUGUGGGCGAGAGGCUGAAUGUUAUUAGCGAGGAAGGUGAUUGGUGGAAAGUAGUGUCCAUGACAACUGGCAAAGAAUGUCACAUCCCUUGCAACUAUGUGGCAAAAGUGUAUCACAGGUGGCUGUUUGAAGGAAUCAGCAGAGAGAAAGCAGAAGAGCUGCUAUUGUUGCCCAGCAACAAGUCGGGGGCCUUCAUGAUCAGAGAAAGUCAGACCAGGAAAGGUUCCUAUUCGUUGUCUAUUCGACGAUCCAACAACGCCUCAUGGGAUUCCAUCAAACACUACCGCAUUAAUCGCUUGCCCAAUGGCUGGUUCUACAUUUCCCCUCGACUCACUGUCCCAUCUCUGCAUGACAUGGUGGAUUAUUACUCAGAAUCUGGUGAGGGACUGUGCUGUACCUUGAAGGAACCAUGUCACAUUCAGGGGCCUCCUAUUGCCCAGGGCCAACACCCAGACCCAGUCGUGGUGCAGAAGCCUCAGCUGAACUGGAGCGAGGUGGACAGCUCUGUUUUGAUCAACGACAACAAGGAUUCAGGAGAGGAGUCGCCCAUCAGCACAGGUCUGCGGGAAGCCAUCAACUCUUACUUGUUCAUGACUGAGGAGAUGGGGCUGGAUGAGAUGAAUGACAAAAAGACUCAUUUGAAAAUGCUACAAGCCCGAUUACAAAGCAGCCAGCGUCAUGCUAACUUCAACAUGAUGGGGACUCUCAGCCAUCUAAAUUUCAACUCAGAUGGACUUUAACCCCAAACAAAAGAAUGGAGGGAUCGUUGUUGAGGACUUCACUUUAAGUUAUUUACUACAGUUAUUAUUCUGGUGCAGUUGAGCUGCACUUUGUUAAUUUCUGUUUUCUUAAAUGUUAAAAUGAAUGGGGCACUGUAAUCUAUUGUCUUGCAGGUUGGAGGAAGGCUUGAAACAGGUUAUUCUGGUUAGACAUGGUCCUAGGCGUUCCAUCACAUGACCUCCUGGCCCGACUCACUCAAACAGCUCCCUUUUGCCCUAUCUCCAAUAUUCUUUAUAAUUCAUAAAUAAAAAUGUUCAAGGGAAUUGAAAAUCAAAGCACUUUUUAACCAAUGCUUCUAUAGUUUUCAACCAGGGGUGUUGUUUGCAGCAACAUUCAGGAGAUUUAUCUCUAACUCCUGGUGACUCCAGGGCAACCUUGGCCAAUCUAACUCUUGGGCUCAUUGUGCUAACACAGAAUACUUACGGUGUCUGCUGAGGUAAGGAAGACAUUAACUUCUCUUUGAGAACUAUCUUACUGUGCUUCAGCUUGCCAUGAGGUCUAAAAAUGAAAGCAAGAUCAUGAGGUAUUGCAUCACUUCCUGCGAUUAUGUAUACUGUCUCAUUAGCAUAUCAGUUUUCAUUAACCCGUUAGACUACAUCUCCCCCGAGUCUCUGAUUUUACCUAUUAAAGCACAGAGAGUUGGAACCUGAGGUUGAAAUGAUUUACCGACUGUUUGGAGUGAUUCCUUUGUUUGAGGUUGUAUUGACUGUGGUUCCUGCCACACUUUGUCUAUCACUCUUGCUGUCCCUUAGGUUAGAACACAGCUGACUUUCUGCUACAAGGACAUUAUGAUUCCAGAACACUUUUAAAACGGUUUCCUGUUUGCUCCCUUCUACUCUUGAAGGAGCUUGGGGCAGAAUUUCACCUGCCGCUUGAGUAACUUUUGUGCAGGUGUGAGCCCAGACACUGAGUGGUGGAGGACUAUUUGAUAGUGAGGGCAUCUUAGUCCAGACCAAUUCUAUCCUUACCCAGCACUGAAUAUAAAUCGGGGGCAGCCUGAGUCUCCUCUAGCCAAGGGAUUUCUCAGGCCAUCUGAAGCACUCUGACCAUCGUAUGUACAAUAUAAGAUUCAUGUAAGACUCUGAGGGGGCUUGACCUCUCAGGGUAGAUGCUGAGAGGAUAUUUCCUCAUAUAGGGGAAAUCUAGAACUAAAGGGCAUAUUUUAAAGUUAAUGGGUCUUCCAUUUAAGAUAGAGAUGAGGAGGAAUUUAUUCUCUAUGAGCAGUUAGUCUUUGGAGUUCUCUUCCAAAGAGAGGAGUGGAGGCUGGGUCAUUGAAUAUAUUCAAGGCUGAGUUCAAGGGAUUUCCGAUUGACAAGGGAGUCAAGGUUUAUGGGGGCAGGCAAGAGAAUGGAGUUAAGGCCACAGUCAGAUCAGUCAUGAUCUUAUUGAAUGGCAGAGCAGGCUCGAUGGGUCGAAUGACCUAUUCCUGCUCCAGUGUCUUAUGAUCUGAUGAUCAUCCAUGAUGGAAUUUGUUAACUCAGUACAGGCUGCAGAAUCUGACCUGGAACCUUGCUGGUCCUUAUAACUUGGUGACAUGCCUCAUUGACCCCCACCAUCGCUGCUUUUACAUCCUGCGCCAAUUUUACUUUAGAUUGUAGUCAACGCAGAGCAAUAGUAGGUUGGUGUGAAACAUGCAUUCCAUCUGAUCCCAUGAGAUUCUCACCCAGCAAGUUUGGUUAAAAAUCUCCCACUACCAUUUCAAAAAUAAGUUAUCUUUGCACUGAAAUUUUGUUGUGAAGAUUUUUCUUUCAAAAGCUAAAGCAAGAGUUAUUUUUCUUGCUGGCACUUUUGAACCUUGGGUCUUACAACAAUAACAACAGCAACUUAUAUAAUAUGCCUUUAAUAUAAUGAAAGACCCCAAGAUGUUUUACAAGAGCAUUAUAACAUAAAGUACCACACUGAGCCCCAUAAGGAGAUAUUAGGUCUGUUGACCAAAAGCUUGGUUAAAGAAGUAAGUUUUAAGGAGUGUCUUAAAGGUGGAAGGUGAGAGGGGGAGAGGUUUAGGGAGGGAAUUUCAGAUCUCGGGAUCCAGGCAGCCGAAGGCACAGCUAUCAAUGGUGGAAUGAUUGAAAUUGGAGAUGCUCAAGAGGCCAGAAUUAGAUGAGAGCUGAUAUCACAGAGGGUUUGGCACUGGAGGAGGUUACAGUGAUAGUGAGAGGCCAGGCCAUGGAGAGAUUUGAAAACAAAAAUGAGAAUUUCAAGAUCAAGGCAUUGCUUGACUGGGAGCAUAAAAUUAUAUCGCUUCUCCAGCAUAAAUACAGUUCAUCGGACCCAACUGGUCCAUGGCGAUGUUUAUGUGCCACUUAAGCCUCCUCUCCCCCUUCAACUAAUGCUAUCAACAUAUCCUCCUCUUCCUUUCUCAUCAUGUCUUUAUCUAGCUUCCCAUUUAGAUGCAUCUAUGCUAUUUGCGUCAAUUAUUUCAUGCAGUAGAUAAUUUCACAUUCUAACCACUCCCUGGGUAAAACAUUUCUUCUGAAUUCCCUAUUGGAUUCAAGCGUUACCAUGUAAUUAAAAAUCAAAUUCAUGGCAGCAUUGAACCAUUGAGUGUGUCAUCAAAUGUUAUCAGGGUAAGCAAUGAGCCAUUACAGUAUCGCCUGUUCUUAGUAACUAAUUUCAUUUAGUGGUAACAGAGUUAGGAAAUAUAGUUGUGUGUCAGCCCCUAGGAUCAAAUUGUAACUUUGAAUACAAAACGGCAAAGUAAGCUUAAAAGCAACUUUGUGCCCCUUUGUGCUUUCAGUGAGUCAUAGGUAGAGCUAGCAGGAUCUAGUUCACAGGAACUCACAGGACAUGAGAGAGCUAUCCAGUCAUGGAAUGGAAGAUUCCUCCUGCACUGGUCUUUCAUAAUAUUCCAUCCUGCCCCUGGGAACAGCGUGAGCUUUAACAUUAAAGCAAUACUACAACAAUGUCAGUGUUCAAUACCACGAUGGCUAAUCAGAGCUCAAAUCAGGCCGCAAUGGAAAUUGUAACGCAGUCUAAAUCUGGCGCCGUGAGAAAGAGUUGAAUCAUUUCCAACUUGCAUGGAACCAUAGCUGCUGAAUGUGUAAUUCACAGGCUUCAAUCCAUCAUCCGAGCUCGAAAGGAAUUGCUAAAGACCUGAACUUCAUUUAGGGUUGCCAACUCCGGUUGGAUGUAGUCCUGUAGGUUUCAUCACAUGACCUCCCACCUUCAGCCGCCCCACUCAGGCAAAUAUUUUUUUCAAAUCUAAUAUUUUGGCAACAAAGGAACAGUAACAAGAUUUUAAAUGCACUUGGUAUUUUUCACCAGCAUUGUACACAGCAAUGUCCCAGGAGGUUCGUCUUUGAUUCCUUGAGACUCCAGGGUUGGUAACCCUAAAUCCACAGGUGUUCUAUGCUUUGACUGGGAAUUCCAGGUAAUUGGAAUCAGUAAGGAGUGUUGCUCAUUUGGGAUUAGAGGGCUUUUGGGACGGCACUCCCAGGGGACCCUACACAAGAAAUCACAGCCCAGAAUAUCUACAGUCCUGUGUUUUCUUUAAAAAGUGCCCCCUAUGAGCAGCACUCUACACUGGGAGUGUCCUAUCUAGAAUGAACCCUAAUAUCCAGCAGUUAUGAAUGGCAAGUCGUUUCAAACAUCGGAAGUGGUAUAGUCCAUUGGAAUGAUGUGCAAAUGGAAAGAACAGCAAAUGGUUUAGCCCAUUGGAAUUUUGUUUUGGUGGGAGUGAAAAGGGGCGGUUUGUUUUCUUGGAAUUCAAUGCUCGGAACAGAAAUGUGUUCUGCUCCAGUGAAACAAGAAAUCAAAAUGUGAAAACUUUGUCUAAAAUGCUGUAUUGAGCAAUACAGCAUUUAAGAUGAUUCUGUAUAAUUUAUUUGACAAAUUCAGCAGUCACAUUGUAAAAAUAUUUUUUGACUUAUUUUGUUAUUAUUGCUAUUGUGAAUAAAUCAAACUUUGUAAUAGA